CUGUCAGAGUUGUGAACAGGAGCGCAUGGGUCCCGUUCUUUCUUGCUGGGAGGUGGUCUGCAGAAAGGCGGGCAGAAAGAGGCACUGAUACGGUUCUGGCAGGUGCAACAACGCGGCCUCGCAAUGGCUGCUCCCUCCCCGUUUGAUCUUCUGCCAGACGAAGUGGUCACAUCAGUCUUAGCGUUUGUCGGCGCCCGUGACGAAUCUCUAGUAGAGCACCGUGGUCACUAUGCAAAGCACCUCCUCAAAUCGCACCUGGUCUGCAAGCGUUUCGCAAGGCUCGUGCAUCAGGUGAAGACUCUGGACUGGCCCCUCAACAGCCCAGAAAGCGCGCUGGGCUUCAUGGCCUUCGUGCACCACGAAAGCUUCUCAAUUGAGACACUGAACCUGUUCGUAACGGAGGCGGGGGCUGAGGAGCUGCCGCACGAAUAUAUCUUUGCUGCGCCCCUGCUCAAGCGCCUCCCAGAGUCAGUCAACAUCCAUAUCAUUCUCCCAGAUGACCGCGCGCCGCUGCCUGAGGGGGCAGACGAGCGGGGGCCUUAUAUCACCCUGUCGGAACCAGAGGGAGGCAUGCUAGAGGGCCUUCUGUUGAAGUCCCGCGUGCGAAAGCUGAACUUGUGGUGCCCGGCACCGGGCAGCAGCUUGGGCAUUGAGAAGUUGAGGGCCGCACCGGUGUCGUUGUUGCAAGAGUUGAAGCAGCUGAGGGUUGCGGUGGAUGAUUGCGAGUUUGCCUAUCUUGAGCUUCGAGCGCUGUGUCGAGGACUCCCCACGCUUCAACAAGUUGAGUUCUACUUACGAGGAGAUUUGGAUAGGAAGGGGACCUUGUCACUGUUAAGGUCGGAUUUCGAACACGUUCCCAAGCUAGACGUUCACUUCCUUGAAACGCCAACGUAUCCAGGCACGAUAUUUCAGUAA